AUGAUAUCCUGUCAAAACUAUACCCGCGCAUUUCUCACCCUCACCCUCACCCUCACCCUCCCGCUCCUCAUCCACCCUACGGCCAGCACCACUCUCCCACGUCACCACAACCCUCCAGUAAAGAACUCCGUCUGGUCGCUCUCGAACUUCAAAUCUCUCAUCACAUUCGGCGACAGCUACACGGACGAGAGCCGUCUAGGGUGGUUCAUCAACCACAACGGCACCGCGCCCGCAGCCGGUACUCUGCUGCCCGAGUCAUUCUCCACGCCCGGCGGCGGCCGGACCUGGGAUCGCUAUGUCAUCCAGUACACGGGUGAGACCAGCAGCAGCGGCCAGUGGAUGCCAGCGCUCACGCUGUACGACUAUGCUGUCUCCGGGGCGGUGUGCUCAAAUGAGAUCACACCCAGAUGGUUUGAAGCCAUCAACGCUCCGUUCCCAUCCGUCCUCGAGUACGAAGUCCCCGCAUUCCUGGCCGACCUGCCGGCGACUCAGGUCAACAGCACCCCACCCACCCCCCUCUUCCCACUGGGCAGCCUCUCCGCCACCUCGGCCGUCUACGCCCUCUGGAUCGGGACCAACGACCUAGGGAUCUGGGCCUUCUUGACCAAUUCCCAGAUCCCAGGAAAAGUGCUCGCCGACUACACGGCAUGCAUCUACGCCGUCUUCGACGCGCUCUACUCCGCCGGCGGCCGCGUCUUCGUGCUGAUGAACACCGUGCCCCUGCACCUGGCGCCCCUGUACGCGAACGACACCCUGCACGGCGUCGGCGACAACCAGUACUGGCCGGAGAAGUGGCCCAACCAUACGGCCAUCGCGGAGACGAUGCACGAGGCGAUUACGUCCGUGAAUGAGGUCUUCCGCGUGCAGACCCCCUUUGAAUUACUGGUGGCCGGCCGCUACCCUGGCGCGAGCUUCGCGCUGUUCGACACGUACAAGCUCAUCGGGGAUAUCUAUAACGACCCGGAGAUGUAUCUCAAUGGGACGGGCGUUGAGAAAGGUGGCGAGAGCGUUUGGGGGUACGAGAACCACUGCUCGGUGAACGGGUCCUCCUGCGUCAAGCUGCAGAAUGGGACGAAUCCCGACGGGUACCUCUGGUACGACGAGUUGCAUCCGAGACACGCACCAUUGCGUCGAAUCUUUGGUUGUUGA